UAUUUUUCUCUCUCUGUCACUUUCUCUCUCCUCUCUCAUCACACUCUCUCUAUCUCUGCAUUGGUUCAAAGCCAAAAAAUCCUGACUUGGGUCUCCAUCGAAAGUGAUAGGCCACAAAAGAGAGCCUUUAGUUUCAACAUCACACUUCAUUCUCAGCUUUCAUGGCGAUCUCGGGGAACGUGCCACCGUUGCUGCAGGGCUGGUUUUGCGUUCUGGAGUUCUAGAGUGGUUGUGAAUUUGUUGGGAUGUUGUGGUCUUUGGAUUUGGGCUUUGUUUGAUUGUUUUAAGAUUGUUGGGUUUUAUGUGCGCACCCUAUGGAGUAGUGAGUGCAUUGGCAUCAUGGUGGAGGAGGAGGGUGUUGUUGGGGAAUGCUUGCUUAUGCAAUGGCUUGAAGCAAAUUGAGGGUAGUGACUUUGAGCUAGGGUUUCAUGUGUGAUUGGUAUACUAGUGUCUUUGUGUAAAAGAGAAAAAUAAAAGAAGGUAAAGCUUGAUGAUAUGAAGCUUUCAACAUCAGGUUUGGGGCAGCAGGGACUUGAAGGGGAGAAGAAGUGUCUGAAUUCUGAGCUAUGGCAUGCAUGCGCGGGGCCCCUGGUGUCCCUACCAACUGCAGGGACUCGUGUGGUUUACUUCCCUCAGGGUCAUAGUGAGCAGGUUGCUGCCACAACUAACAGAGAAAUUGAUGGACACAUUCCCAAUUACCCUAGCUUGCCACCCCAGUUAAUUUGUCAACUGCACAAUGUUACAAUGCAUGCAGAUGUUGAAACGGAUGAAGUGUAUGCUCAAAUGACAUUGCAGCCUUUGACUCCGCAAGAGCAGAAAGAUACAUUUCUUCCUAUGGAAUUGGGAAUUCCCAGUAAGCAGCCAUCAAAUUAUUUUUGCAAGACAUUAACAGCCAGUGAUACCAGUACACAUGGAGGAUUCUCUGUUCCUCGCCGUGCUGCUGAGAAAGUUUUCCCUCCACUGGAUUUCUCACAGCAGCCACCAGCACAGGAACUGAUUGCCAAGGAUCUGCAUGAUGUUGAAUGGAAAUUUCGGCAUAUUUUUCGAGGACAGCCGAAACGGCACCUCCUUACUACAGGCUGGAGUAUAUUUGUUAGUGCCAAGAGACUCGUGGCUGGAGAUUCUGUGCUUUUCAUAUGGAAUGAGAAGAAUCAGCUUCUUUUGGGAAUACGACGUGCCAAUAGACCACAAACUGUAAUGCCAUCAUCGGUUCUAUCCAGUGACAGCAUGCACAUUGGACUUCUUGCCGCUGCUGCCCAUGCUGCAGCGACCAAUAGCUGUUUUACCGUGUUUUAUAAUCCGAGGGCUAGUCCAUCUGAGUUCGUCAUACCACUUUCAAAAUAUAUCAAAGCUGUGUACCAUACACGUAUUUCUGUUGGUAUGCGUUUCAGGAUGCUAUUCGAGACUGAAGAAUCAAGUGUCCGCAGGUACAUGGGUACAAUAACUGGCAUAAGUGAUUUGGAUUCUGUUCGGUGGCCGAAUUCUCAUUGGCGCUCUGUCAAGGUUGGUUGGGAUGAAUCAACAGCUGGGGAGAGACAACCACGAGUGUCUCUGUGGGAAAUUGAGCCAUUGACAACAUUCCCUAUGUAUCCAUCAUUAUUUCCCCUUAGACUGAAACGUCCAUGGCAUCCUGGCUCCUCAUCUCUGCAUGAUGGUAGAGAUGAAGCAAGUAAUGGACUGAUGUGGCUGAGGGGUGGACCUGUUGAACAAGGUCUCAAUUCGCUAAAUUUUCAAGGAGCUGGUAUGUUGCCCUGGAUGCAGCAGAGAAUGGAUCCCACUUUACUAGGAAGUGAUCAGAAUCAACAGUACCAAGCCAUGUUGGCUGCUGGGUUGCAGAAUCUAGGUAGUGGAUAUCUCAUGAAGCAACAAAUGAUGAAUUUUCAACAGCCUUUCCACUAUCUUCAGCAAUCAGGAAACAGCAAUUCUCCUUUGCAACUUCAGCCGCAGCAAUCAGUUCAACAAUCUGUGUCUUCUAACAUGCUGCAGCCACAACAAGCCCAUGUACUGACAGAAAACCUCUCUCAGCACCUACUUCAGAAGCCACACAACAAUCAAGAAGUCCAAGCACAACAGCAGCAGCAUUCUUAUCAAGAAUCGCUCUUGAUUCCAAGUGAUCAGCUCCAUCAGAGACAACACUCCGGCGUUCCUUCACCGUCGUAUUCUAAACCAGAUUUCUUGGAUCCGAGCAUGAAGUUCCCUGCUUCUGUUUCCCCCGGACAAAACAUGCUUAGUUCACUUUGUCCUGAAGGAAGUGGAAAUCUCUUGAAUUUAUCAAGGAGUGGUCCUUCCUUGCUGAGUGAACAGUUACCUCAACAGCAAUGGACUCAAAAGUAUGCACCUGUGCAGGUCAAUGCUUAUGGAAGCACUGUGUCGCAGACACAAUAUUCUGGAAAAGAUUCUGCAAUGGUGCUACCACAUCUUAACUCAGAUGCCCAAAAUUCAACUGUAUUUGGUGUCAAUAUCGAUUCAUCUGGCCUUCUUCUUCCCACCACAGUCCCUGGUUACAGCACCUCAUCUGCGGAUACUAAUUCAUCAACAAUGCCACUAGGGGAGUCUGGUUUCCAGGGUUCUCUAUUUGGUUGCAUGCAAGAUUCGUCAGAGUUGUUGCAAAGUGCAGGGCAUGUUGACCCACAAAACCAAACUCAAACCUUUGUGAAGGUAUACAAAUCAGGGUCAGUUGGGCGCUCACUUGACAUAUCCCGGUUCAGCAGCUAUCAUGAACUGCGUGAGGAAUUGGCUCAGAUGUUUGGAAUUGAGGGAAAGUUGGAAGACCCUCCUAGAUCAGGCUGGCAGCUUGUGUUCGUCGACAGGGAGAACGAUGUUCUUCUCCUUGGCGACGAUCCGUGGGAAUCAUUCGUGAAUAAUGUUUGGUAUAUCAAAAUACUUUCACCUGAAGACAUUCAGAAAAUGGGGGAACAAGCAGUGGAAUCCCUUGCUCUAGGUUCAGGACAGAGGCUCAAUGGCACUGGUGCUGAGUCUCAGGACAUUGUUUCUGGACCACCAUCAAUUGGCUCACUUGAAUACUGAGAUAAUUGAAACAUGUAUUCCUCUAGGCUCCAUGGUCUAGAGAAUUUCUGUGCAUGUUUAUUGCUUUGGUUCUUGUGUAGGAUCAGUUCCCCCAUUUCACCACCUUUUAUUGUUUCUAUCAGCAUUGAAGAAAAUAUAUAUAUUUAUGAUGAAAAAACUUAGGACAUGCUUGUGUGCCAAUUUGAACAUGGGGCACUGCAAGCUAGAGUUAGUGUUGCUGCUAUUUUAGCAUAAUAUUUGAUUAAACUUUUGCAUGAACUAAUGUACUCUAGAUAGGAAACUAGAGAAAGCUGUUUAUGCUUGAACUGUCUCUGUAUUCUACAAUGGCAUUUGUAUGAGUAGUAUUUUACUAUGUUGUCGUCAAAAUCA